GCCGCGGGGUCACAGGUCAGGGGUUGUUCACGGGAGUUGAAGAUGGCGGCGGCGGACUGCGUCUCAAGAUCCACCGAAACAGAUUUAUGAGGCGGGUUUCACGGAGGAGUUAACCGGCUGCUCGGCUCUCUGUGGCGGGUAUCCUCACAGACUCUCUCCCGGGGGGGACUUGGACUGCCAUGGCGCUGCUGUACGGACUCUUAUGGCGGCUCCUGCUCUUUCUGGUCCACGUCAACAGAGCGCUGGUGUCCUGGCUCCGUGUCCGGCUCCGGAGCGCUCAGGGCCGGCUGUGGGAGCGGGCGAUGGCCGCUCUGCUGCUCCCUUUGGCCUUAGCGGGGUUCCCGGACCAGCAGAAGAAGUUAAACCAUGCUAACCCCGAUGCUAACGCGAACCCGGUGACCGGGAGCCGGGCUGCGGGUCGCCGGGCUCGGUGGCUGUCUGACGGCAGGUCUCUGGAGAAGCUGCCGGUACACAUCGGCCUGCUGGUGGCCGAGGAGGAGCUCAGCUACACGGACACAGCCAACCUGGUGGUGUGGUGUAUGGCUGUGGGUAUCUCCUAUGUCAGCGUGUACGACCAGCACGGGAUGUUCCAGAAGAAUAACUCCCGCGUGCUGGAGGAGAUCGUGCGGCAGCAGCAGGACCUGUUGGGUGUCGACGGGUCCAAAUACAGCGUGGAGUUUCUCAGCAAUGGCAGCGACAAACAGCAGCACCAGGUGUUGUCUCUGCGGUCCUCCGUGAAGCUGCUGUGUCCUGACGACGGGAAGCAGAGCAUCGUGCAGGCGGCUCAGCAGCUGUGUCGCUCCGUGGAGAACAGAGAGAGGAGCUCCAAGGACAUCAGUGUCAGCAUGCUGGACUCUCUGCUCAGAGAGUCUAAAAAUGUUCCUGACCCUGAGCUGGUGGUGAAGUUUGGGUCUGUGGACAGCACGCUGGGCUUCCUGCCGUGGCACAUCAGACUCACGGAGUUCAUCUCGUUGCCCUCACACAGAGGCAUCUCCUACGAGGACCUGUUUGGAGCUCUCCAGAGGUUCGGCUCCUGUCAGCAGAGGCUCGGGCAGUGAGGAGCAGGCUGUCUCAGAUGUGACCAGGUGUGGGGGGGAGGUGUGGACGGGGUGGGUCCCCUCUGGAUCUCCGACACACACACACGGAGGAAGGCACACAGACAGCGGACUCUCUGGACUCAUAAUGAGCCCACAUUCCAGGACCAUGGAAACGAGCAGACGGAGACAGACUGAGCUCUGUCCUCUCACGUCCUGUUUGUCCCGCAGACUCCAGCUGCUGCUUCCUGCUGAGGACACACACACACACACACACACACACACACUCGCACACUUACAUCUCAACAGAGAACACACACACACACACACACACACACAGAGCACACAGCUGUGCGGAUGGACAGCAGCUCUGAGCUCAGACAGAGACUCCAUCAAGUGUAAAUACGAGGAGAGGAUUCUAUGGCUCUGUGAUCGUCUCUGUGGACUCCAGCUUACAACCAUGUGUCCAUGUGUCCAUGUGUCCAUGUGUCCAUGUGUCCAUGUGUCCAUGUGUCCAUGUGUCCAUGUGUCCAUGUGUCGAGACUGAUGGAUCUCUGAAUAAACGGAUGCACUGUCUGUGUGUGUGUGUGUGUGUGUGUGUGUGUGUGUGUGUGUGUGUGAGCUGCUGAACUUUGAUUUGGAGGAGACUGACUUUACUUUACGUCUCUGGUUUUAAAAACGUGAAGGUACAAAAAGUCUUGUAGCUUGUCUUUUUGAUUGAAUCAUCCUGCAACAUAAUCCUUGAUGCAUCAAAGUGAGUCCACUAAAAGUUCUAGUUUUGGUCCCUGACA